GACGGAGAGCUGCGGAUACGAACACAGAAUGGACAAUCGGGGAGGUCGGGGAUGCCCUGGCUCUGCCUUUCCUCCCCUGCUCCCCUCCCCUCUUGCCAUUGCCAAGCUAGCCCAUGUCAAGACCCGUGGACGGGUUCGCCCGAAAUGGCACGCUACCGGCUAGGGCAGAAAAUCACGAACAGUAAUUGGAUCGCCACGUAUUACUUGUCCGCCAAGGUACCGCCGGCGCAAUCCCCCGACCAAUGGACGGAUCCGUAAUGGAGCACACUCUCGGUUCCUCUAGCGCGAUGGGGCACGCUAUUGAUGGUCCCGGCCCACGGGGCUAAACUUGCCCAUCCUUCAUCCCAGACGGUAGCAUUUUCGUUCGUGUUUUGGAGACAUUCUUCCUUUUCAAGAAAAUCCACAACGAUUUGAGUUCUGACAGGACUAUCGAAGUCGCACUGAAUCACCCUGCAUUGACUUGCAUCAUCCUGUUCCUACCCGCGUCUCCGAUCCAGCAUGACCAAAGACAGCCCAAAGAACAAGUCAGGAACCACCAGCCCCGAGCCAGAGGCCAGCCCCGCCCAGAACCCUGUCCCUGCCGUGCUCGAGCCUGACGAGACGGAGAAUGACCCUGUCAUAGAUGACGGCGAUUCGGCCGUCGGCAGUUUCCAAUCAUCAACAGUGUCUCUCAGGGAUGAAUUGAUCCGGCAACUGAGCGAGCACGGCCGGCAGUAUCAGGGCUAUCUAAACGCCAAAUAUGUGCUCCCCAUGGACGAGCAAGAGUUAGAGCGCCUGGACUUUCAGAAUUAUUUGUGUUUUUUGACCCUAGACAAGCAACAUUGCUUCGCACCGCACGAGAACCUGGGCCGGGUGCUCGACGUUGGGUGUGGGACGGGCAUGUGGGCUAUCGAGUUCGCCGACGCCUAUCCUGGGACUGAGGUGCUCGGAGUUGAUCUGGCACCUGUCCAGCCACAAUGCGUCCCCCCAAACCUCCAGUUCGAAAUUGAUGACCUAGAACAGCCUUGGAACUUCUCACAUAAGUUUGACUUUAUCCAUUGCCAACUGAUGAUAGGUGGCUUAAGUGACUGGCCAAGGUUCUUCAGGCAAAGCUUUGAAUUCCUGGAGACCGAUGGCUACCUAGAAGUCCACGACAUCGACUUCGUCAUCAAGUGCGACGACGGCACACUCUCAGAAGACUCAGCACUAGCCCAGUGGCACAAGAGCAUGCACGAGGCAGCAGCAACAGCAGGCUUCCCACUAGAUGCUAUCGCCCACGUGCCGGACCGGAUGAGGGCGGCGGGGUUCGUCGACGUGGUGGCGACGCCCAUCAAGUGGCCGAUCAACACGUGGCCCCGGGACAGGAAACACAAGGAGCUGGGCCGGUGGGCCAUGGAGAACUUCGUCUGGGGCUGCGAGUCCAUGAGCCUGGCCCUCUUCACGCGCGUCCUGGGCUGGUCGGCCGACGAGGUCCGCGUCUUCAUGGCCCUAGUCAGGCGCGACCUCCGCGACAGGAGGAUACACGCCUACUGGAACUUCUGGGUCGUCUACGGCCGGAAGCCGCGGACCGAGCCUGGGGAGGUGCAACCUGCUGGGGGUGGGGGGGCGGUAAAUUAGCAAGCGUAACUGAUGUAUGAUGUUCUCAUUCCGGAGCCCGUUACCAUUGCUGUCGCCGUUAUCAGUUGCUAUUGCAGGGGCCUUUGCUGUUUCCAGCGGUUGGAGUUGUAAACAAAAGGGGUCAAAGAUCGCCAAGAAGCAUCGGCUCGGUGUGUUAAUCACCAAAUCAGCAAUCUGACAGAGGUAGACCAAGGCACAAAGACUGUGCAAAACAAAGUGUAAUUGAUUCUAAUCCGUGUGCGCUUGGAGGCCCCAAAUCCCCACUUCACUGCC